AUGGGAUGUGUAUCAACUAAAGAUUAACACAUUAAGCAAUUCAAUAUCAAAUUACCUGAGUCAAGUACAGCAUUAGAUGUCAUAUUAGUAAAUCAAACAACUCUUCAAACCGAUCUGGAUUUAUCUGACUCUCAAGAUCAAUAUAUGUAAAUUGGAAUGAAUCUCAGCAGCAUUGGAGACCUUAAUCCGAAAGUUUAAAUAGUACUUUAAGAAUUGGGGGAUUUAUUCCCUAAUCUAUCUGGUCAGUAUUUGCUGAUGCCAGAUCAAAGCAUUUUUUUCGGAUAAACUUUAAAUGGAAAGAGAAAUGGUUAAGGAAAACAGCAUUGGCCGAAGGAGGGAAAUUUAUUAGAGGGGAUUUGGAUUGAUAAUCAAUUAAAUGGAAGAGCCAGAAUGAUUUAUCCAAAUGGGGACUAUUUCGAUGGGGAUUUUGUUAAUAAUGUGGCUAAUGGCUUAGGCAAAUUUGUCAAUUCUAGAAAAGAGGUCAGAGGAUUUUGGAUUAAUAAUAAAUUAAUUGGAGAAGGCACUGAAAUACGUAAAAAUGGAACGAUUUAUACCGGACAAUUUUAAGAUGGCAAAAUUCAUGGCCAAGGUAAAUUUGAAUUUGCGAAUGGCUGUGUUUAUAAGGGUAACGUGCAUAAGGGAAAGAUGCAUGGAAAUGGGGAGCUUGUCUUUAAUGACAAAACAAGAUAUAUUGGUGAAUUUAGAAAUAAUUGCAUCCAAGGCAGAGGGAUCUAUGAAGCCAGUACUCCUAUACAUGGUUGGUUUCAUUCUAAAUAUGAGAACUAAACUAUGUUUCUCUACUUCUUUAGACAAGAAACCCCAGUCUUAAUAGACCACCAAGAUUGCACUCUAAUUUAAAAAUAAUUAAGUACUUUUUUUGAUUGA